CGCUUUAUUACAUAUAGUCCUCGCAAUACGAGACACUUUAACACUCGGAGUUUAGCUGUAUUAUCAUUAUCAGCAUCCACAUUGAGGAGAAAUAGGGAACCAGCUUAUUUAUUCUUUAUUAACAAAAUGUAACAAUUUGUAUAACAACACAGCAUUGUUUCUAGCCAUAACACCGCUCCGGGGAAACUCAUUGCCUCAGUCAGUUCCGGGUGCGUGGAUCUCAGGUUGUCUGUUUAAAUAGUGUCUAUGGAAGAAUGAGCGACGAGCUGGAGUUAAAGCCUUUAAAAUUUGGCCCUGACAACAAUAAUGACCCCGGUGGUGACCAAGGAAAUGAGUGUUCACAGGGAAAUGGAUUUUGCACGAUCCAGGUCGGGACAGAUGAAGUUUCUAAUCUUCUACCAACACCACAGGCCGCAGAGAACAUCGGGAAUCAGGAUGAAGUGGAUGGAGAUGAUGUGGAUGCUAACUCACAAACUGAAACUUCAAGGUGGCGAAGGGAGUUGCAGAGCCUAAAGACUGAACUGAAUGAGAAGGUGGUGUGGAAACUCAAACUAUGGAUGGUGAUACUUCUCGUCUUCUUUGUCAUCGCUCUGGUUAUUGCGAUCUCAUUGAUUGCGUGUGCAGUUAGUGAUGACGAUGGGGAUGACGAUUAUGAUAAAUCAUCAUUUGUGGUGAAUCGCUUCUUCAGUGGGAAUUUUAGUGUGGACAUCAGCAGUUUCACUUUAGACCAAGAGACACGGCUGCUGGAACAGCAGCUAAAAGACGUCUACAGUUCUUCUCCUGCGUUGGGACGGUACUUCUCCAAUGUCACCAUACACCAUCUCCAGGACACUACAGCCCAGUUUACGCUACAGUUCAUGAUGCCUUUAGAUCACGAGGAGUUGGUCCGCUACACUCUGAGCCUAAAGAUGGUUAAAAAUGUGCUUCUCCAACACUUGUAUGAUCAGGACACUGGAGACCCCUUCUACAUCAUACCAGCGUCACUCAGCAUGGAAGUUGGGUAGAUGAGUAGGACUUCAACUACAAGAUUAUUUUUUUUUUCCCUGAGCAAAUGUGUGAAGUUGAACCACUGCAACCCUCGUCAGGAAACAAACAUUACAUUAUUCACUCGAUUGACGUUCACAAAUCUGUUAAUAGUAAUUACCCAUCAGUAAUUAACAUUUAAUAAUCACUGCUGAUAUAUUUUACACAUUUUUUAUGAAAAAAAAAAACUUUUUAACACUUCAAAAUAUUUUAAAAGAAUAAAGUAAAACAAUAGUUUUUUUGCUGUAUUAUUAUUAUAUUUUUUUUACAAUUUAUGGAUGUAGCUUAUUGUAUUAGGGUAUGGUUUUUUUUUUUACACUUAUCUCAGUUUAAGUAUCAAAAGAUCAUCCUAACCCUGAUUAUGGAAGCGCUAAACCUGUUCUGUUGCCAUGAUGACGUGAACUUCCAUAUUGCUCUGGGAUGAUUUUCUUUAAUAUGUGUCCUGUACUUUUAUAGAUUUUUAUUAAAUGCCUGACCAUUUUUGUAUCACU